AUGACCCGGCGCGAUCGGCUGAUGAAGGGAAGACCCCAGAGGCAGCCUGAGGCCGGCGCCGACUCCCGGGCGGGUUAUAUUCUCACUCGGCCAACCCUUGUCCUCAUGCUGGAAAGGGGGGAAGAGCCCUGUGUGAGCAACAGCAAGGUCGGAGUGGGGAGCAGCCCGCUGAAUAGCAGCGUUGCAGAUUCCCAAGCCUUGAAAGAGAACGCCAAGUCACCUUCGCCCUCGGCUCUGCCUUCCGCGCCCGCCACGGAGUCUCCCAAGCCACCCCGUCCCCGCCGGCGGCGCCCUCCAGCUGUCCUGCCCUCCGACCGUCCCUAUCAGUGCAAAGACUGUGGCAAGCGUUUCGUGUACCGCUCCAAACUGGCCACCCACCAGUGGACUCACUGCGCCGAGCGCCCUUACAAAUGCCCCGAUUGUCCCAAGAGUUUUAGUUACCCGUCCAAGUUGGCCGCCCACCGACGUACGCACACCGGGGAGCGCCCCUUCCCCUGCUCUCUGUGCCCCAAGCGCUUCGGACACCGCUCCAAGCUGGCCGCCCACCAGUGGAUCCACACGCCGGAGCGCCCGUACAAAUGUGCCGAUUGCCCCAAGAGCUUCUGCUAUCCUUCCAAGCUGGCCGCCCACCGCCGCACGCACACGGGGCAGCGGCCGUACCCUUGCAGCCGCUGUGGGAAGAGUUUCUGCUACCCCUCGAAACUGGCUGCUCACCAGCAGAUCCACGCGGCCACCGCAGCGGGACGGCCUUAUCCGUGCAUGCGCUGCAGCAAGAGUUUCCGGCAACUGCGCAACCUCACUCUCCACCAACGGGUGCACGAGGAGGGAGAAGUGGGCGAUGACUUAGCCCAGGACAAGAGCCACAGCAGUGGAGACAGGUCCUAA